AUGGAGAUCAGCAGCACCUGCAUUAAACCUUUCAUUUACGAGAUUGGAGACGAGCUCGGGAGUGGUCAGUUUGCCGUGGUAAAGAAAUGCCGUCAUAAAAGCACUGGAGUGGAGUAUGCAGCCAAAUUUAUCAAGAAAAGGCGCAGCAAAUCCAGUCGGCGAGGGGUCUCCAAAAAUGACAUUGAGAGAGAGGUCAGCAUCUUGAAGGAAAUCCAGCACCCCAAUGUCAUCACCCUGCACAAUGUGUUUGAAAACAAGAACGAGGUCAUUCUCAUCCUGGAGCUUGUGGCAGGUGGGGAGCUCUUUGACUUUCUAGCUGAGAAAGAGUCAUUGAGUGAAGAGGAGGCCACCGAGUUCCUCAAGCAGAUCUUGGAUGGAGUCAGUUACCUACACUCCAAACAGAUUGCCCACUUUGACCUGAAGCCGGAGAACAUCAUGCUGUUGAACCGGAGUGUUCCUCACCCGCGCAUUAAGCUCAUUGACUUUGGCUUGGCCCACAAGAUCGAUUUUGGCAACGAUUUCAAAAACAUCUUUGGUACCCCAGAGUUUGUAGCUCCUGAAGUGGUAAACUACGAGCCGCUUGGCCUGGAGGCAGACAUGUGGAGCAUUGGGGUGAUCACUUAUAUUCUACUUAGUGGUGCCUCACCUUUCCUGGGUGAAAAUAAGCAGGAGACACUUGCAAAUGUGUCAGCUGUGGACUACGAGUUUGAUGAGGAAUACUUCAGCAACACCAGUGCUUUGGCCAAAGACUUCAUUGCACGGUUACUGCUCAAAGAUCCAAAAAAAAGAAUGACAAUCCUGGACAGUCUUCAACACCCCUGGAUCAAGCCAAAGGACACACAGCAAGCACUGAGUCGGAAGGAAUCAGCAGUGAAUAUGGAGAAAUUUAAGAAGUUUGCUGCCAGAAGAAAGUGGAAGCAAUCGGUGCGUCUCAUCUCUCUGUGUAACCGGCUCUCCCGCUCCUUCCUGUCUAGGAGCAAUAUGAGUGUGGCUCGCAGUGAUGACACACUGGAUGAGGAGGACUCAUUUGUCAUGAAGGCUAUAAUCCACGCAAUCAACGACGACAAUGUUCCAGGUCUAAAACACCUACUUGGAUCUCUGACCAGCUAUGAUAUUAAUCAACCUAACAAGCAUGGAACCCCUCCGCUCCUGAUUGCUGCGGGCUGUGGAAACGUCCAGAUCAUUGAUGUGCUAAUGAAAAAAGGAGCGGAGAUUCAAGCCUUUGAUAAGACUGGUGCCAACGCUAUCUACUACGCCGCCCGACAUGGUCAUGUGGGGACAUUGAGAUUCUUGCAUGAAAAGAAGUGCCCUCUGAACAUCCAAGAUAAGUCUGGAGAAACGGCUCUGCAUGUGGCAGCUCGCUAUGGUAAUGUGGAUGUAGUCCAAUACCUUUGCAGCAUCCAUGCCAACCCUGACCUAGUGGACCGGGAGCAGGAGACACCUCUCCACUGUGCAGCCUGGCAUGGUUACUCGGCGGUGGCCAGAGCCUUGUGCGAGGCUGGCUGUGAUGUGAACGCCCGGAAUCGGGAGGGCGAGAGCCCGUUACUCACCGCUUCUGCCCGUGGCUUCAAGGACAUCGUGGAGUGUCUGCUGGAGCAUGGGGCGGACUUGGACUCUGCUGAUAAGGACGGUCACAUUGCUCUACAUUUGGCAGUGAGGAGAUGUCAGAUUGAAGUGGUGAAGUGUCUGCUCAGCCAUCACUGUUAUGUGGACCACCAGGACCGCCACGGCAACACACCCCUUCACAUCGCCUGCAAGGACGGCAACUUGCCUGUGGUCAUGCAGAUCUGUGCAGCUAAAGCCAAUCUGGAUAUUCCUAACAAAUUUGGGAGAACAGCUCUUCACCUGGCAGCUAGUAACGGUGGUCUGGAGGUGGUGCGUCAUCUCUGUGUUACAGGAGCCAACACUGAAGCCAUCACUAAUGAUGGGAAGACAGCAGAGGAUCUCGCGAUUGCAGAGCAGCAGGAGCAUGUAGCAGUGCUGCUGGCCAAGCUGAAAAAGGACAACCAUAAGAGCAUUUACAUCCAGCAGCUGCGGCCCACACAGACCCUCCAACCUCGCAUCAAACUCAAGCUGUUCGGCCAUUCAGGAGCAGGGAAGAGCACUCUGGUGGAGUCUUUGAAGUGUGGCAUCUUGCGGAGUUUCUUCAGGAGGAGGAGGACCAGGUUGACCAACCCUGUCCGGCACCCAGCCUCACCGGUCACCUCCAAACCUGCAGUGUCUGUCAGCAUCUCUAACCUGUACCCAGGCUGUGAGAAUGUCAGUGUGCGGAGCCGCAGUAUGAUGUUUGAGCCAAGUUUGACUAAAGGAGUGCUUGAGGUCUUUAGUCCUGUCCAUAACGCUCUCUCCACGGCUGACGACACCGCCACCAAAGCCAUCGACAUCCAGAACGCCAAUGUCAAUGGUACCUUUGGAGGGAAGAUCAGGAAUCCACUGCGUGUGGUCCUGGUGGCCUCACAUGCUGACAUUGUGAAUCUGCCCCGAUCGUUUGGGGGAGAGUUCAGCUAUGACAAGGAGAGAUCUCUACUUAAAGAAGUCAGAAACAGGUUUGGGAAUGAUCUGCAUAUUGCAGAGAAGCUCUUUGUCAUGGAUGCAGGAGCGUCCAACUCCAAAGACAUAAAGCUGCUGAGAAACCUUCUGUUGGAGCUCCGCAACACCAUCAUCUCUACCUGCAGGCCGAUGACUCAGCUGGCAGAGAAGCUGUUGUCCACUCUGCCUUCCUGGCGGAAACUGAACGGACCAAACCAGUUAAUGUCAUGGCAACAGUUUGUUGUGGAUGUGCAAGAACAAAUCAACCCUCUAGCCAGUGAAGAGGAUCUGCGGGAACUGACUUCACAACUUCACAGCAUGGGAGAGAUUAACAUCAUGCAGAGUGAGACUGUCCAGGACGUUGUCCUGUUAGAUCCUCGCUGGCUUUGUGGUAAUGUACUUGGCAAGCUCCUCUCAAUUGAAACCCCCAAAGCAAUCCACCACUACCGUGGCCGCUACCGCGUGGAAGAACUCCAAAACCUUGUCUCCGAAGGUGACAUCGAUGAACUUCUCCAGGUGCUCGACGCCAUGGAUGUAUGUGCCCGCGACUUAGCCAACCCCGGAAUGGUCGACAUUCCCGCCCUCAUACGCACGGGUGGCCUACAGCACACCUGGACCGACGAGGAAGACAUCGAAGGCGAGGACACUUUGCUUUACGGUGGUGUGCGAGUUGUCCCUGCGGAACACUUGGCGCCAUUCCCUUGUGGACUUUUCCAUAAGUUGCAAGUGAACUUGUGCAGGUGGAGCCGGCAGCAGAAGCCAGAGGUCGAGGCUGAGGAUGUGAGGUUGUGGAGCAGCGGAGCUCGGGUUGGACUCGGCGGCGCUGAGGCACUGGUUCUGCUUGUGAACCACGGGCAGGGCAUGGAAGUACAGUUACGAGGACCUGACUCGGAUCCCGGCCGUUGCUAUGCUUUAUUGGACACGUUGUGCGGCAUGGCAGAAGGUCUGUUAGCUGCUACGUUACCCGGUUUGCUUACCGCCCGGCAUUAUCUUAGCCCUCAGCAGCUGCGGGAACACCAUGGCCCCGUCAUGCUCUACCAACCGAGAGACUUUUUCCGUGCUCAGGCGCGAGGCGAGAACGCGCUUUCGAACACUAUGGGCGGCUAUCGUGAGAGCUUUGUCAGUAUCGUAGCAUUAGGUUGCACCCAGGUCUACAAACAGGGCAGUCUUGGUGGGGAAGUGCCCGUGGCGGAGGUCAGUCACCUGGCUCGACGCAAGCUCUGCCGCCUGCUGGACCCUCCCGAUGCCCUUGGGAAGGACUGGUGCCUGCUUGCCAUGAACUUGGGCCUCAGCGAGCUCGCUGCUAAAUACAGUUCUGGCACCAACGGGACUCUGCCUGCAGACCCCCUUUCCCUUCCCAGUCCCACAGCCACGCUCCUGCAGGAGUGGAGCCAGCGACCCGAUUCAACCAUAGGCAUUUUGCUCGCCAAGGUGCGAGAACUCGGUCGUCGGGAUGCAGCAGAUUUCCUCCUUAGAGCUGCACCCGUGUUCCGGGUCAACUUGGAAAUACUGGGCACCCCGCCGGAGCCCUACAGCCCGGUAUGUAAUGGGGGCGGCACAUCCUUCAACUCCAUCAGUUCCGUGAUCUCUCGUUAGGACGUCACUUGUGUCUAUAGAGAAACGUGCAAUUGACCGGUGGAGCGGUGUUCAAUCUCAAGCUCCCUGGUGUCCUGAGACGGAAGUAUUUGAAUCAGAUACUCUGCUCAUGUCCAUUUUGUUCCCCUUCGCGAUUUCUGAAUGUUCAUUCUUGGUGUCUCUGAAAAGGUGCCUAUGUGCUUUUUUUUCUGCAAAUCUUUUAUUGACUGUCUCACAUUCCCAAGGUGAAACUGCAGGCGGACUUUUUUUAAACGUUCUUACUGAAGGAAAAUUCUAUUACUUCUAUAAAUUCGGACAGCUGUUAUUGGGGAAUUGCGCUAAAUUUGAUGACCGAAUGAUAGAUCACUAAGUGCUUGGCAGCAUUAUUUAAUACACGACUCAAGCUAUUGAGUGCCUUGAAGAUGGUAAGCUGUUGACAAAGAGCCAUUGCUAUAGAUUUCAAAAUUGGAUGUGCACCUCUGCAAGUGUUUCGGUGUUUACCUGUCUUCUGAAGCUUUUAAUGAACAUAUCUAUUAGAUUUACACUUUUUCUCAAACAUACAAAAUUGGGUCACUUGCAUUUACUACCUGAUUGUUCCUUAUUGCAACUAAAACGCAUCCUUUAUCAGACAGGAUUUUAUUCAAAUGAUGAAGCACAAACAAACAUACUAAACAUUCCUUUAAAAACCGAAAUGCAUGGUAAAUUGUUUUUAAGUCUGGUUUCUAAAAUCCCUCACAUUUGUCUUAUUCACACUUAUAGCCUACUUGUCACUUUCACUUUUGUGAAAUAUUACGGUUCUGACUACCUGUCAAAUGGAAAUGCUGAAAUAUUCCAGGCACUUACGUGACAAGUAAGAUUUUGUUUUUCUUCGUGUCUGCCGCAGUGUCCUGAUAAGCAUGAUCUUUGUUACAAUUGUUCAGCUUAGUUUAAUAUAUUCUGUUUCACACAUUUACACUGUUGUUGAGUGUUUAAGUCAUGUGUAUUCUUUACACUGGAAAAUUAAUCAUAAAAUGCUAUUCUAAGGGACUUAAAUUGGGCAAAAGUGUCAUGAAAUAUGUUGACAUUUGCAUUGAAACUGUUAAAAGCGAUGCCAUUCCUCAGUUACAGGAAAACCACUGUACUGAAUGUGGUAUAUUGGACACAAAUGAAGUGACAACUUGAAAACUGUAGAUGGCAGCAAAGACUCUGUUACAUCUAACACAUGCUAUAACUCUUUUUGCUCUCCUUCUUAUGAGGCAGUUGCAGUUUCAUCAUCAUCUUUUGUAAUGUCUGAAAGUCCAGACAACUGUUCCACAUUAUAUUUUGGGACAGGUCUAUCCUCCAACCUUUCAUCAUUUCCCUUGCAGGCUUGAAUUCACAAACUUUUCUAAAAGGGAAUUGGGCAUAUUGUGUUCUCUCAUUCCAAAAGGCACAUUUUUAUAUUGUGAUUAAGUCUAUGUAUUAUGGAGCUCUUUCGCUGGUUAGCUGUGGUCAAGGUUCAUGAUUUUCCCUCUUAUGACUUUAACAGGGUACAUCAGAGGGGAGUUUAUCCUGGUGUAUUUAAGACUUGUACAGUCAUUUCUUUGCACAAGACCUUCACAUUAUUGCUCUAUUUAUAUUAUGUUCGCAUGUCUCUGAAUGCCAUGUACUUAAUACUUCUUCAAACUUUACAGUGUACUACAUUUUUUAUAAUAAAUUG